AUGUCCUCAGCCGCCUUCGCGUUCGACCACCUCUCCCCACUUGCCACUGAGAAGCUCUGCUACGUUCAUUGCAGCUUCUGCGACACCGUCCUCGCGGUAUCUUCCUCUCUCCCUCCCACCCCGCCUCCCGGAUGAUUCCCUUCUCUCUCUCUCUUCUGCUAAACUUCUUCCACUCUCCGGAGAGCAGGUGAGCGUCCCCUGCAGCAGCCUCUUCAAGACCGUCACAGUGAGAUGCGGCCACUGCACUAACCUACUCUCCGUCAACAUGCGGGCGCUGCUUCUGCCGGCGGCCAACCAGCUCCACCACGGCGACACCUUCUUGAUUCCGGCCCACACAAAUCUCCUGGUACGCAGAAGAAUGUUCCUCGUCGUCUCUUCUUCAUUUCAUGCCUCCCCCAUCUUUAUGAUUUUCUUCUGCGUUUUGGAUGGUCCAGGAAGAGUUUUCAUGCCCUCCUAUCCCGUUGCUACCGGAGCAGCCCGCUCUACCGAACGAGACCAUGGCGCCCGUCAAGGGGACGCAGGAGAUCAAUCAGACACCCGCCGUGAACAGACGUAAGCGUUUCUUCCCCACUGGAUCAUUCGCUCCUACUGUUCCUCAUCUUUCUUUCUUCAAUUCCUCCCUCGUCGUCUAGCUCUCCGCUUGCUCAAUACCCUCUACAUCUCUCUCUCGGUGAUGAUCCCGAUCCUGGGCUUCCGAAACUUUUAGAUUCUCGUCAGCCUUCCCCUAGAUCCCUAGCGCACGCUGGCCCUUCCGGCCGGAAAACGCCAUAUCAAAAAAUUCUACGCUGUUGCACCCCUCACUCUCUCCCUCUUGCUUACAUUCGCGGAAAUUUCAGAGGGAAUCUCAACCGGGGAGAAGGCGAGUCUCCGAGUAGGUUGCACCCCAAAUGCUAGUGUGCUGUCUUCUGGUCUGGCCAGUAACGAGAAGGCACCUUGAAUGCGUCGAGGACAAGCCCAUCCCUCCUUCCCCAACCAUCUCCUGUUCAUCCCCAGGCUUUUGCUGUAGCAAUAGUGGCCCCCCCACCCAUCACCGGUCUUCGCGCUGCCUCUCCCCGGCCGAAUCCUCCGCUUCAUCUCCCUCCCUUCCAUAAGAACUUAAUGGUAUACGUUCUAGACAGAUCCCUCCACUGCCCACAUUAAAUUAUUCCGUAGACAUCACGGUGGACUGCUUUCCUCUAUCGAGCCCAUUAUCAGCUGGAGAGGAGAAAUUUCGGGAUUUUACUGGCUUUUUCUAGCUCUUGAGUUCAUUUCAACCCAGUGAUCGCUUGCCCUGAAUUUUCUACAGCUCCAGAGAAGCGGCAGAGAGUUCCCUCAGCGUACAAUCGCUUCAUCAAGUGAGUGACAAGAAGAAAACUGGAGAGAAAAAAAGGAUAUCUUGUUCCUUCAUUAUCGUUACCUUCGUUUGCAUGUUGGUUGUAUUGAUCUUGCUAAGCACCAAGGUUUAAGUCGCCGUACAUCAAACCCAAUUACUGAUGAAAAAUAUCUGACGGAUUCGUUUGACAGGGAAGAAAUCCAACGCAUCAAGGCUGGGAACCCUGACAUCACACACAGAGAGGCUUUCAGCGCCGCGGCAAAGAAUGUGAGCGAUGAUCCUCUCUCUCUCUCUCGAUCGCUCGCUCGAUUGAAUACAUAUAAAUUGGAUAAAACACUUCUUCCUCCGAAUCUUCCCUUUAUUUUGAUCUUCAGCGAGGAGGUCUCGUGAACUAAUUUCUGCUUGCAUGGAUUCUCUCUCUCUCCCCAGUGGGCACACUUCCCGCACAUCCACUUCGGCCUGAUGCCAGACCAGGGCCCCAAGAGCAUUGUCCGUCAGCAGGUACCUGAGAACCCUCGUUCUGGGUUCUGAAAAUACAGCGAAGCAAGCUCUCGGAUCUUCACUGUCAUGGUCCCCGAGUUUGGUUUUGCUUCUGACGAGGGUUUUGUUGCUUGCUUCUCUCCUUUCCCCUCGUCUCAUUCUAGGAAGGAGACGACCUGCUGCUCAAGGACGGGUUUUACGCCGCCGCAGCAGCUGCUGCCAACAUGGGGGUCACCCCCUUCUGA